AUGUCCUUUCAACCAGCUAUACGAGCACGUAUUCCUUUUAAUCUUUCAUCAAGCAAUACUGUUGAUAAACAAACACAUGCAUAUACACUAUGGCUGAAUACUUUAUUUACACCCGUAGAAUUUAUAAGUAAUAUCACAUUGAAUCAAUCUGUGUCUAAUGAAGAAACAACAACAACAACAAAAACAUCAUUUAAAUCGUUAGCUAAAUUAAAUCGUUGGUAUACAUUACGUGAUCAUGCUCGAGAAAUUUUUGCACGUGAUAUUCAAAAUAUAGCUACAAAAAUCAGUGCAGAUAUUGAUAUUAAUUAUUGUCGAAUAAAUCCUAAUUCUGAUUUAAAUUUUUCUGCAAGAAACGUUAAUCGACAAGCAUUAUUAAAUUUUAUAUCAUCAUAUAAUCGAAUAUGGUUUCGUUUAGCAAUGGAAGUUCUUUUUUCAAUAAAUAUUGAAAAUUAUCAACAAAUGAAAUCAUCCAUUGAUCAAUAUCUUAUUCAAUCAAAUAAUAAUACAUCAUCAUUAACAUUAAAUGAUAUAAAUUUAAAAAAAACAAUUUUUCUUAAUAAUAAAAUUGCUUCAGUACAAAUUCGUUCAACAAUUAAAAAUUUAAUAAUAAUUAUUAUUUUUCUUGAACAUGCAAAAUUAUUACGUUUGAUUGAUAAUGAUCCAUGUUUAUAUAAUUAUGAUUCAAAAUUUAAAUCAACAAAAGAAUCUAUUGAUAUUUUAUCACGUGAUUUUAUUAGUUCAGAUACAAAUCUUUUACGUCGUCUUAAAUUAGCUGGAUAUGAACCAAUAUAUAGACAAACAUCACUUGAUGAAUUUAAUUAUUUACUAACAAAUAAUGAAAAUAAAUUAUUUGAAGAUUUAAAAGAUGGUAUUCGUUUAACACGUUGCGCGCAAAUAUUAUUAUCAUCAACAAAUGAAUAUGUUGCAAGAUAUGAUUUAUCUACGAAAUUAAAAUGUCCAGUUGUUAAUCUUGUUCAUAAAUUACUUAAUAUUGAUCAAGCUUUUGAAUUACUUCAAACAUAUGGACAUGUUAAUUUAACUGGAAUUUCCAAUAAAGAUAUUAUGAAUGGUACCAAACAAUGUACGCUUGAAUUACUUUGGCGUAUAUUUAUUGUUUGUUAUUUAUCUAAACAAUUAUCACCCAUAGAAAAAUUACAUCAAGAAAUUUCAAUUCUUAAAAAAAAUUUAUCAAACUAUGCAUCUUGUUCUAUUGAACAACAACUUAUUCAAAUUGAUCUUAUUCCCUUACAAAAACAACAUACUAAUUUUCCAUCAACUAUUCAUUUAUUAAUUAAAUGGGUACAAUUAAUUUGUGCAUAUUAUAAAUUUUGGAUAUAUGAUUUACAAGAAUCAUUUGCUGAUGGUCGUGCAUUAUUAUAUAUUAUUUCAUAUUAUUUACCAUCUUUAUGUGAUUAUAAACGUGAUAUAAAACAUUUAACAACAUUAGCAACAUGUCAAACACGCAAUGAACAUAUAAAAUUUAAUCUUGAACUUGGACAACAAAAGUUAAUAAAUAUAUAUGAACGAAAUGUUAAAUCAAAUUUUCGUUUAUUAGAAGAAUGUAUCAAACAAUUUGGUACAUUUUCACCUGAUUUUAUCAAAUAUGAAUAUUAUGCAAAAGAUAUACCUGAUGAAAGAUGUACAAUUAUUAUUUUAGCAAUGCUUGCAUAUGAUUUAAUUUUUUCGAAUAAUAAUAAUAAUAAUAAUAAUGAAAAUGAACGUGAUUUUCGUCAUCAACAAAUAUUUAAAGAAUUAAGAGAAAAAUAUUUAAAUGAUAAUGAAUUAAUAAUUAAAAUAAAAGAUGAAGAGAUAAUUAAUAAUAAAUUAUUAAAUCAACAAGAUAUUGAAAUCAAUCAAGACAAUUCAAUUAAUUCUUCAGAAAAUUCUAUAUUAACUAAUAGUCUGAUUGAAGAAAAAUUAAUAUUUGAAGAAGAAGAAAAUAAAGAAAACAUAACAAAUUUACCAUUAAGAUUACUUUCACAAUCAAUUUUAAAUACAAUGAAUUAUGAUAUUCUGGAUCGUAUUGAAUUAUUAUCGGCAUUGGAUCAUAGUGAUGAUAAUAAUGAUGAAGAAGAUUCAUUUAGUUCAACAACAAAAAUAGAUCAUCAACGAAUAUCAUUUGCAGCAACAAUAUCAUUAAAUGAUUUUAUUGCAUUAGAAAAAACAAUUGAAAAUGAAGAAAAUAAAAACCCUACUAAUAGUACAUCUUGGUUUCUUAUUGAUGAAACUAGUUCAUUUGAGAUUGAUAGUAUUGAAUUAAAUAAAUUAGAUGAAAUACUAUUGGUUGAUCCAGUUAAUAAAAAAAUGAUUAAAGAAAUAUUUAUAUCGUUUUUAUCUCGUCAACAAAAAACAUUUAUAAAUGAUGCAUCAAUUCAUCAUGAUACUCAAUCUAUUGGACAGAUAUUGAAUGAAAAACAAUCAGAAAGAGAACGUGAAAUAAAUGCUGCACAAAUUUUUCAAGCACAUUGGCGUGGACAUCGAAUUCGUGUUGACAAUGAACGUAAUAACCAUCCUAUUGUUAAUAUUCUUAAAAAACUUCGUUCGUAUAAUUCAAAAAAUAAUUCAUCAUUAACAUUACGUGAACGCAUGAUAAAAAUUGUUCAAGAAUAUUGUGAAUUAUCAGCAUCAUCUCUUACUAGUUAUUUACAUUUUAUACGUGAUAUAGAACCAAUUAUCAAUUCGUGUCUAGAAAUACGUUAUUUAAUAGCUGAGCAAGGUUUAUUACGUUUAUUUUUUCUUUUAAUAAGAUGCUGUAAUCGAAUAGAACCAAUAACUGUUUUACAUCGUAAAAUUUUAAUUAUUUUACAAUUAUUUACUGUUAAACACAAUCUUAUUGUAAAAUUAAUUGAUAAGUCAGAACAAAUAAAAGAUUUUAUUAUGCUUUUAUUAAAAUAUUAUCAAAAAAAUGAUUGUGAAUUAUUUGAAGAAAUUUGUUUUUUACUUCAAACUAUUGUAAAUAAUGAACAUGCUCGAAAAAUAUUGCGAUCAAAUAAAUCAUUUACUGAAACUAUUCAAUAUAUUUAUAAACGUUUAUUUAAUAAAACAUUAGUUAAAGAUGCCAAAUAUCGACAACAAGUACGAUCAACACCAAAAUCAUCACAUGAAUCAAUAAAACGUCGUGUAACUGUAUUAAAUCAAUCAUCCAUUCUUUAUCCGACUCCGAAAAUAAUGCAUCGAUCAAUUGGGAUGAAAAACGAAAAGAUUUUAAAACGAAAUCUUAUUUCAAUUGAGCAAUUUAUGAAAGUUUUUUAUUGUAAUUGA